AUGGGGGAGAGGCUGGGCCGUCCCACGCCCUUUUUAACCCGUGAACGCACUUUCGGAUGGUCCAGCAACAGCAACAGUAUCAAACUGAAAAACUGCACCCACAACGGGCAUGACUUCCUAGGACAGAGCUCGGAACACAGCCUGGAAGAGGCGGCAGCGCCCAAUGCUUCCCUCACCGUGGCCCACUCUCCUGUUUCACUGGAACUGGAGCCCGUGGUGAAUAAUGGAUCAAGUGCACCCGCCGCUCCAGGUGGCCACACAAAGGAUCUAUCUGGGCACAGAGAGCGCCGCCAGCCUCUCUCCAUCGCCACUGGACUGGUCCCCAAAGAGAAGUCACGCCCGCUUCCUACCGCCGCCCGCUUCAUGCACAGCCCUUACCACGCCAAGACUAGCAUGCAGGGUGAUGUGUACAACUUCCUAGAGAGACCCGCCGGCCUGAGGUGCUUCCUGUAUCACUUCCUAGUGUUUCUCAUGAUCGUAGUGUGCCUCAUAUUCAGCGUCCUGUCCACGAUUGAGCAGUAUGCAGAUUUUGCCACAGGAACUCUCUUCUGGAUGGAGAUUGUGUUGGUGCUGUUUUUUGGAAUGGAGUACGUGGUUCGUCUCUGGUCCGCUGGCUGCAGGAGUAAAUACGUGGGCAUUAAAGGCCGUCUGAGAUUCAUUAGGAAACCCAUCUCUAUCAUAGAUCUGAUCGUGGUCGUCGCCUCUGUUGUGGUUCUGAGCGUCGGGUCCAAUGGGCAGGUCUUCGCCACAUCAGCGAUUAGGGGAAUCCGUUUCCUCCAGAUCUUACGUAUGUUGCAUGUGGAUCGUCAGGGUGGAACAUGGAGACUUCUAGGAUCGGUGGUCUUUAUUCAUCGGCAGGAGCUGAUCACCACGCUCUACAUCGGGUUUCUGGGCCUGAUCUUCUCCUCGUAUUUCGUGUAUCUGGCGGAGAAGGACGCGGUAGACGAGGAAGGAAAGACGGGCUUCUCCAGCUACGCUGAUGCUCUGUGGUGGGGCGUGGUCACAGUGACUACAAUAGGCUACGGAGACAAAGUCCCUCAGACAUGGAUUGGAAAAGCCAUCGCAUCCUGUUUUAGUGUGUUUGCGAUAUCUUUCUUCGCUCUCCCUGCGGGCAUUCUGGGAUCAGGCUUUGCUCUUAAAGUUCAACAGAAACAGCGACAGAAACAUUUUAACCGUCAGAUUCCCGCCGCGGCCUGUCUCAUACAGACGCUGUGGCGAUGCUACGCUUGUGAGAAGCCUGACGGAUGUGCGGCCACGUGGAAGAUGUACGUGUUGACGGGUGACUACAUCCCCAUCAUCAACUCUGAAAACUUCAGUCCGGGAAACAUCAGGGGACUGAGCAAACGUUAUAAACGGAAGCCCAAGAUGAUGCGUGACAACGGUUCUCUGGGUCCCGGAGGAGAGAGAGCGGUCUCCAUCCCUCAAAUUACCUACGAUCACAUCGAUGAUAAAGAAGAAGUCUUUCCAGAGGAGCCCGCAGGCAUCACAAAACUAUUCCGAUCAUCAGACCGCCAGCGCUCGUGGUCGGCUUUCACGCUCCGCUGUCCUUCCUCUCCAGUUAAGAAAAAGUUGGACGGUCCAUACAUCUCACGGAACAACGGUCUUUUGGAAGAACUCGACUUCACUGGAGAAGACAUCCCCUUACCUGUACUUACAGAUCCUUCACAUCUGUUGAAAAGCCCAUUUGUUGCAAAGGAGGAAGAUUCGGUCUGCACUCAGCACCUGAAUUCAACCAGACUUUCCCACGCUCACAGAUCUGCCGUCAAGGUCAUCAGAAGGAUGCAGUACUUUGUGGCUCGGCGGAAAUUUCAGCAAGCGAGGAAACCGUACGACGUGCGGGACGUGAUCGAGCAGUAUUCACAGGGCCACCUCAACAUGAUGGUUCGGAUCAAAGAGCUGCAGAGAAGGUUGGAUCACACUUUGGGAAAACCGGGGAUGUUCCUGCCAGAGAAAGGUGUGGAUAAAGAAUAUUAUACAGUGGGAGCCCGACUCAUACGACUGGAAGAUAAGGUGCUUCAGAUGGACCUCAAGCUGGAGAACAUUUUGAAGAUCCUGGUGGAGCAUUUCCAGUCCAAACCAGAACUCCUGCCGAAACCCAACCAGUACAGCUCUCGGGUCACCGUCAUGAAGCGGCUGGGUGUAAGCAUGGACGAGAGCCAAUGAGAAUCAUUAUAGGCUGGAGGAGCAACAUGGUCCAAGACGAUGGUCCAUUGGCUUUCACCUUUCUAUCUUGGGUUUUACACUUCAAUGUAAAAUCAAUCAGACUCAAGAAGAGGUCUGGAACAUGUACGGAUUGGCGGACAUAAAGACGGAUGUAUCUGGAUGUCCAUUCUCGUGUCCUACUAGAACAAUGUCCUCUUUAUUUGAUUUGUUUUCUGGUCAAUGCUUUGGUGUUACACCAAUGGACUAAAACAGCAUAAAGGUCAAAAUCAUAAAUCAACUUCUAUGAGAUCAGGUUGCGAUAAACAGAAGUGCUUACGGCUCGACAUAAAGACAGCUUGGAUGACGUUUCGCUUGCUCUCUUUACAUCCCGUGCCUGUUGUCUACUCAAAAUUGUCCAAGCGAAGAAUCUUAAACUCUUCUAGUACAGCAUAUCUACAGGGCUGGACUGGGAAGAGCUCAUUUUAGCAUAUCGCGGCCCAUUCGGCCCGUUUACCGGCUGACCCACCGACCCGAUCGGUUCUCCUGAUGGCCAGCCCACCCCUGAUUGGCCCCAAAGUGCAUCAGCCCACCGGAAAAAUGCCCGGUAUGCCAGUAUUACCAGUCCAGUCCUGUAUAUAUAUAUAUAUGUUUUAUUGAUAGAACUGAGCCCAUUCUGGGCUGCUACUUGCAGAAAUCCCCAAAAAUAUGUAAGAUUUACAUAAUAAAUUAAAAACCACAUGCUUGAAAUGAAUAGAAUCGGUGUAAUUUUAAAGCUUAGAAUCUGUACUUGAAUAUGCAUAUAGUUGAUCCGACCUAUUCUUAUAUAUUGCUUUUUAAUUGGCUGACAAAUAAGAGCUGUUUCGUUCUCAUCAUUUGCAAAUUUGUUAUCACGACAAUUAUACUCAAGGGUUGGUAAAACCAUAAAAAGCUGAGAUGGUCAUGUGUUAUAUAUCGUUGGAAAGGCAUACACGACAUGAAAUGAUGAAGAGAUCUUCAAAUAUUCCUCAAAGAGUGUACAUGGAAAGACGAUGCACAAAAGGGCCCUCAACACACAUUGUGUGUGUGUGUGUGUGUGUGUGUGUGUGUGUGUGUGUGUGUGAGCACAUGUCUGAGGGCUUUGUGUGUUUAAACACACAUCCACAUACUGUAUGUGCUCAUCUAAAGGAUUGUGAUGCUCCUGAACACUUAAUAUUUCAGUAUGUUGUAGUCUAAUCCAUUCAUUUCCAAUGGCCAGUCAUUUUUGACCGGGAACUCAACACGUGUAACUAAGUGAAAUAACACCAAAAAACAUUUUUAUUUGACAUUUUUGAAACAUAUCCACACUAAAUCAAUUUCUGACCUUAAUCGUUUCCCAAAAUAUGCAUUAAUGGAAAAUGCCAGUUUUUCAGUGGAAGAAAACACCAUUCUAGUGUGAAUGAGAGGCGUAAAUCUAUGCGUUUUGGUGUGGGCGUGGCCUAACUGUAGGCUGUUUACAGUUGCUAUUGAUACAUAGAAUAAUAUAGAAUGUGCGAUCACAGUUGUGCGUUCAUUGGCAUUUUACAACGCUGCUCAUUCAGGAUUUAUAGCUGGAAUUAAAAGAAAAUCAGUGUUUUCGGAAAAUGAAUUAUAUUCCUAUUGCUGACAUGACUCAUGUACAGUUUUAUUUAAUUCAAUGUGGUGCUGAAUGGUUUGCGUUCAUAUUCUGAUGGUAUGACAACUGUGAUCUGUUGUAAUCGUUUGCUCCGG